GACGUAUUGUUCACGCGGAAAUCUAGCGUCGUAACUGCUUGUGCAAUGGUUCCUCCAAGAAUUCUUCUUGUUGCUCUCUUCUUCCUUGCUACGUGUUAUGCCAAAAAAGGCCCCCAAGUUACUGAAAAGGUGUACUUCGAUAUAACGAUAGGAGGGCGUCCUGAGGGGAGAAUAGUUAUAGGCCUCUUCGGCAGUACCGUGCCAAAAACUGUCAAGAACUUUAAAGCAUUCGCCGAUGGAUAUGAAAAAGACGGCAAAACUUAUGGGUUUGCGGGUACCAUCUUCCAUCGUGUCAUCAAAGACUUCAUGAUUCAGGGCGGUGAUUUUACUAACAUGGAUGGAACUGGUGGUUUCAGCAUUUAUGGCAACAAAUUCGAAGACGAAAACUUUAAGUUACGCCAUGAAGGUCCUGGCUGGGUCUCAAUGGCCAAUGCAGGUCGCGACACAAAUGGAAGUCAAUUCUUUAUUACCUUGGCUAAAACAGCCUGGCUGGACAACAAGCACGUCGUAUUUGGCAAAGUUCUUGAGGGAAUGGAGCUUGUUGAGCUAAUUGGAAGUGGAAAAACCGAUGCGAGAGACCGGCCAUUAGAAGAAGUAAAAAUUGCAUCUUCCGGAUCCAUUGCGGUGGAGACACCAUAUCACGUGGAGUUCUGA